AUGGCUCCCCCGACGGCCACCGAAACUGUUACCUCGAUCUCGAUGACGGCCCCAGAGUCAACUCAGGCGGCGGCCGCCGAGAAGUCCCGGAUUAAGAUGAAACUACCAGUUAUGCCAAUGUUUGAUGAUAAGAUGGAGGAGCGCGAAUAUCUCAAGGGCCGUCUGGCCGCGGCGUUCCGAAUUUUUGGAAAAUAUGGCUUUGACGAAGGCGUUGCUGGACAUAUCACUCUCCGGGACCCCGUUGACCCGACUACUUUCUGGGUGAAUCCAUUCGGUACAGCGUUUUCACAUAUUACAAAGUCCGACUUGAUUCAGGUUGAUCACCAGGGCAAUGUGAUCGCUGGCGGCUCAAACAGAAAUUUGAACGCAGCAGCGUUUAUGAUUCACUCGGCGAUUCACACUGCUCGUCCUGAUGUUCUGUGUGCUGCACAUAGUCACAGUCUUUACGGACGUGCUUUCUGUUCACUGGGCCGCCCGCUGGAUAUAAUUUCGCAGGAUUCCUGUGCUUUCUAUAACGACCAUGUUGUAUAUCAACAAUUUAAUGGUAUUGUAUUGGCUGAAGAAGAGGGGAAGAAUAUUGCCGCGGCUCUAGGCAAUAAGAAAGCAGCGCUUCUUCAGAAUCACGGUCUACUAACAGUCGGUACAACCGUCGAAGAAACCAUUUUCUGGUUUGUCAGUCUUGAAAAAAGCUGCCAUGCGCAAUUGCUGGCCGAUGCUGCAGCGGCCGGGCGUGGGGGUCAGACUAUCAAAAUUGAUGAGGUAGAUGCUGCGUUUACGUACCAAUCCGUUGGAACUCCCAAGGCCGGGUGGUUUAGUGCGAAGCCACUGUUUGACGUAAUUCACAGAGAAACUCAUGGCGAAUACCUAGAAUGA